ACCAAGCUCAAAUUGGUUCUCCACUGUUUUGUUGUUCUGGUCAUAGAGCCAGCAUCUCCCUCUUUUUCCCCUCCUCUCUCCUCAUUCUCUGUUCUUCGUUCUCUUCAUCUCUCUCUCUUCUCGAUUCAGCUACAGCAGGAUUUCCUGAUUGAGAGAGGGAGAGAAUGUCAGGAGGCACGCAGAAUAGUUUAAGAAAAGCUCUCGGAGCCCUGAAGGACACGACAACAGUUUCAUUGGCUAAAGUCAACAGUGAUUACAAGGAAUUGGACAUUGCUAUAGUGAGAGCCACAAAUCAUGUGGAGCGUCCAUCAAAGGAGAAACAUAUAAGAGCUAUUUUUUCUGCGGUCUCUGCCACUAGACCUCGGGCUGAUGUUGCUUAUUGCAUCCAUGCUCUCGCAAGACGUUUGUCAAAGACACAUAACUGGGCGGUUGCUUUAAAAACUUUAAUUGUUAUUCACCGUGCCCUAAGGGAAGUGGAUCCCACAUUCCAUGAGGAACUCAUAAAUUAUGGCAGAAGCAGAAGUCAUAUGCUCAACAUGUCUCAUUUCAAAGAUGAUUCCAGUCCAAAUGCAUGGGAUUAUUCAGCAUGGGUCCGCACUUAUGCAUUAUUUUUGGAGGAAAGACUGGAAUGCUUUCGUGUAUUGAAGUAUGACAUUGAGACAGAUCGUCCAAGGACUAAAGAUUUGGACACUGCAGAGUUGUUGGAGCAGUUGCCAGCAUUACAAGAACUUCUGUUUCGUGUUCUUUGUUGUCAGCCAGAGGGAGCAGCUGUGAAUAACUUUGUCAUUCAGCUAGCACUUUCAAUGGUCGCUUCAGAAAGCACUAAAAUUUAUCAAGCUAUUAGUGAUGGCACUAUCAAUCUGGUUGAUAAGUUUUUUGAGAUGCAACGGUCUGAUGCUUUGAGAGCUCUUGAUAUAUACAGGAGGGCUGGGAAGCAGGCUGAGAGACUGUCUGAGUUUUAUGAAAUAUGUCGAAAUCUUGAUAUUGGGCGAGGAGAGAAAUUUGUUAAAAUCGAGCAGCCCCCUGCAUCAUUUCUGCAAGCCAUGGAAGAGUAUGUCAAAGAUGCUCCCCGGGAUUCAAUAGUCCGCAAGGAUCAGGGCAUUGACAACAAAAUUGCCCCUCCAAAAGAAGUUUUGGCUAUAGAAUACAACAAGACAUCAGAGGCGCAGGAGGCACCUGCAGCACCUGUGCAGGAGUCACCUCCACCUCCCCCUCCUGAACCUGUAAAAGUGGAAGCACCUGCAGCACAACCACCGCCUGAUUUGUUGAAUUUGGAUGAUCCUGUUCCUGCUGCAUCAGAGUUGGAAGAGAAGAAUGCCUUGGCAUUAGCCAUUGUUCCUGUUGCUGAUCAGCCAACUUCUGUUUCAAAACAAGAAAAUGGAACUACAGGCUGGGAAUUGGCACUUGUUACAGCUCCAAGUUCUAAUGAGAGUGCUUCUGCAGCUAGCAAACUGGCGGGAGGGUUAGACAAGCUUACACUAGACAGCCUAUAUGAUGAUGCAGUCAGAAGGAACAACCAGAAUGUGAGCUAUAAUCCAUGGGAGCCUGCGCCUAUGGGAACAAUGAUGCAGCCGACAGUGCACGAUCCAUUUUUCGCUUCUAAUGCGGUUGCUGCUCCUCCUUCUGUCCAGAUGGCUGCCAUGACCAACCAGCAGCAGGCUUUCAUGUUUCAGCAGCAGCAGCAGCAGCAAAUGAUGAUGAUGGCCCCUCAGCAACAAUCUUCUAACCCUUUUGGAAAUCCUUAUGGAGCUACUGUCCACCCCUAUGGCUCGGGUGUGCCUGUUCAAGCGUACAAUCCAUACACCGGUCUCAUGUAGACACUUCACCUGGAAAACAAAUUCUUUCUACAUAAAACUCGAUGAAGAGAAACGCGGACGCUCAGUUUUGGAUUCUGAGAUUGGGAGACACCAAGGAUAGACAGACUUGUACUAUAUGUUGUGUAUGUGCAGUAGAUAGCAAGAGUGAAAUUCUUUAUUGAAUAAUUUAGUGAGAGAGAGGUUUUUCAUUAUUUGGCUAUUAAGUUCAAGAAAACUGAUAAUGAGCUUUUAUUCAGACCACUUAGAAUUUUUUUCUUUCUCCUGAUCCAUUACUGUUAAUGCGUUAGCAGAAAAAUUGUUCUGGAUAACUUCUCUCAGUUUUUUCUUUUUGUUGGAUUUUUUCAUGUAUGAUAGAAAUUGUUUGUAUCAUGUGAUUAUUGAUACUUCAUUUAUCAAACAAAAAUUUGUGAACUGUCAGUUUAAAUGUUGUAA